UCAUCACUGCUUGUCUCACUCUCUCAUGACUCUCCUUUUUGAAACUUUUUUAACCUCUUCCUUUUACUUUCUUCUUCACAGGCAUUCCCUGAAAAAGUGCGAAAAAGCCUAGGGCUCCCACUUUUUCUUCCAUUAAUCGAAUAUUAUGAGGAAUUCAUCCACAUUUUUCCUUCUGAAAUUGCUCUCUUCUGAUUACCUCCGCGCUAAAUUUUGUUUCUCUCUUUGAAAUUUCUCUUCGUCUAAUUCGGUGGGUGGGGUUAAAUUUUUAUUUUUUUUUGGUAUUUUUUUCUGCAUUUGUGUUGGCGCAUUUCGUUAGGAAUUUCGCGGGCAGCUUCUUUAUUGGGGGAUUGUUCGGGUCAAAAAAGUGAAAAUGCUGUGAGUUUAUUUAUGGGGGCUUGCUUUUCUGGAGACGUACAUGUGAAGCAAUUUAUAGUUUUUAGUUCAGUUUUUUGUUUUUACUGACUGAUGAAGUUCAUGAAUCCCAGCUUUUUAACUGUGUGGAGAAAGAAUAUUCUGGAUCUCUUUUGCUCUUACUCAUUGCGACUUGCGUUUGCCCAGGCUCUCUGGAUUCACAAUUAAGAUCGCUCUUCGUGUUUUAAAAUAGUCGAAUUUUGAGUCAGAUUCAAGUCUUAUUCAGUAAAUAAUAGGAUUAUGCGGCACAAUAUCAUUGCAUAUUUGGGGAUAUAAACUUAUUGCAGCUCUAUUUAGAGGGCAUUGUUAGCAGGAUUCCGAAGCAUGGGCAACAGGUCAAGCAUAUCUGUGUCGAAUUCAAUCGUUGCAGUUAAAUUUACUCUUUAUUAGCCGAGAUUUCGAGGUGUUAGGUUAUGGAGGAUAUUGGUCUUUUCAAUCAAGGGUUGAAAUGGUUGCAAUCAAAGGACUCUUAUUCUGUAGUGAGGAAUAGCACGAGCUGUUUAAGGGACAAGAUUGGUAUUUUCAUGGAUCGGCAUUGGCCGAUGGUUUGUUGUGGGUGUGCGAAAUUCGGGAAGGGUUUGCUGUUCUUGUUGGUUUACUGGAAAAACUGUUCUAUUUCUGGAUUGAAGUCAUUUAUUGGGCUUGGAUCAGCUGCUCUGCUCGUCAUUAUGUGGAGCUGCUUCCUCAGCUUGACAUCGAUGUUGUGUCUUCUAUACGUGCUUCUUAGUAUGGGAGCAGCUGGGGUUGCUGUUCAGUAUUUAGGCUACACUCCGGGACUUUUCAUUGUGGGGCUUUUUGCCAUUUUGGUUUUGUGGAUGUAUGCUAACUUUUGGAUAACUGGUACCUUAUUUAUAGUUGGUGGUUAUUUAUUUUCAUUAAAUCAUGCGAGGCUGGUGGUGCUUAUGGCAACCCUAUACGCUAUGUAUUCUGUCAAAGUUCGAGUAGGUUGGCUUGGAGUUGGUCUCGCUAUUAACCUUGCCUUCCUAUCGAACGACGUAUUGAACUACUUGAUCAAAUGGUGUGAUAAUUUGAGUGAGAGUGCUCACUUUGAGGAGCGUAAAGAAUCCGAUUCGUUUGCAGAAGGUGGUUUCUCAACUGGGUGUGACUAUUCUGCCCCUAGUGAAGUAGAAGGAGAAGAAGAAGAGAAGUUGCAUUCGUGUAAAUUAGCGAGCAAGCCUGCUAUUCCUUCUUUUCUUGAAACGCCGAAAGAAUUUGCUGUUCAGAAGGUGGUUGCAAGUUCCACAGUUGAGAUGGAAAGGAUUUUAAGUUGUGGAAAUCACUACGAGGCCCUUGGAUUUCCACCCCAAAAGAAGAUCGAUGUUGUGUUAUUGAAGAAGGAAUACCAUAAAAAGGCCAUGCUUGUGCACCCUGACAAGAAUAUGGGAAGUCCACUGGCAAGUGAAUCAUUUAAGAAACUCCAAUGUGCAUACGAGGUCCUCUCUGAUGCCGUGAAGAAAAGGGAUUAUGAUGAGCAGCUGAGGAAAGAAGAAUCCAAGUGUGUUAUGCAGAGAUCAGCUAGCACUUCUUGUCAGAGUACUGCUGACUUUUGCUCUGAGGAGUCGAGGAGAAUACAGUGCACAAAGUGUGGCAAUUCUCAUAUCUGGGUUUGCACAAACAGAACCAAGGCCAAAGCAAGAUGGUGUCAGGAUUGCUGUCAGUAUCAUCAAGCAAAGGAUGGCGAUGGAUGGGUAGAGUACAAAGGCUCAUUGGUGUUUGACCGGCCUCAAAAGGUAGAAAUCCCUCGGGCUUUUGUCUGCGCUGAAAGCAAGAUUUUCGAUGUGUCAGAGUGGGCUAUAUGCCAGGGAAUGGCGUGCAGACCAAACACACACAGACCGAGUUUCCAUGUAAACAUGGUCGGAUUAGAAAAGUCAACCCAAAGGUCAAACUCGAGCCGUUAUCCAUGGGAUUUGGAUGCUGAGAUGAUGGAAGAAGAGGAUGAAUUUGAAUUAUGGCUCCAACAAGCACUUGCGUCCGGACUUUUUUGCGAAACUUCAAAGAGGAGAAAAAGCUGGAGCCCCUUCAAACUGCCUCAGAAAAAGGGUAAAAAUCAAUGGCGAAGAGCAUCAUAGUAGAAGAAACACAUUUUUUUUUUCUCCAAGUUUUACGAUAUUUAUUGGCAUGAAAACCUCUCCUUUUUCUUCUCCACUGAAACACACAUGAGUUAACUGAUGAUGAGAUCACUGAAAAAACCGAUAGCUUAUUAUCCACCGUAAAUUUCUCGAUUGGGUGAUAGAUUGCGAGAGGGUUAGUGAAAGGUAUGUGAAAUCUACUUGGUCUUACACGACUGUUCUGUAAAUAAGUUUCGGAUUCUUGAUGUAGUUUUCCUCUGCUGCAGAUCAGUUUACAACGAAACUGAUUCUGUCAGCGUACCUUUAAUCACUUAAGCAGAUGCAAUAAAACGAGCGAAAAAAGAAGUGUUUUUUCCCCCCUGC